ACGCUGCCUCUGCCAUUCUUUCUAUGAAGCACUGCAGUGACAGCUGCAUAUGCUUUCCAGAAGUCAUCUCAUCAUCUGACAGCAUCCAAUACCUUAAGUUUCCUUAUCACAGGAGACAAACUACCUUGAAUUUCCUACUUUUCUGAGUUUUCCGAGCUGGUGGCAAUGGCAAAUUAUCUUGGAGUUACCUCAGCAGUGUCUUUCAUCUGGGUUAUGACAUUCCUGGCUCAAAAUUAUUUUGUAACAGGUUCCAUUAAUUCACCUUGCAGGAUCAAGGGUAUAGGAAUUUAUCUUGAUCAGAAAGUGAAUUUCUCAGAAGCAAGUCAUGGAUGCAAUAAAUUCAACCUAGAGCUGGCAAGUAAAAUACAAGUUGAAGAGGCUUUGAAACAUGGCUUUGAAACAUGCAAUUUUGGAUGGGUGAAAGAAGGAAUUGUUGUUAUUCCUCGGAUAACAUCAAACCAGAAAUGUGGUCAGGGAAAUACUGGAAUUGUAAAAUGGCAUGCUGGCAAGGAUCAAAAAUUUAAUCUCUACUGCUUCAAUUCCUCAGAUGUACAGAUUAAUUCUUGUCAACCAGACCCAACUACACCUCCUUUAUCAACUGCAUCAAGGGACUUAACUGCAUCUUCAGCCUCUGAUUUGACUGAGAACAUCACAGCAGUGUCUGCUGAGGCUGUGACUGAGGCAGGACAAUUCCUGAGAAAGAGAUUUCGUGUGGUUUGUGUAACUGAAACACUCUCACCAACAGAGGGGCCCACCACCACACCAGUGCCAGAGGAGCACUCUCCCAAGCACACUCCCCACCUGGCCUUUAAGAAUGAUGCUGUUGUUUUUGGAGGUAUCCCCACUGCACUUCUUGUACUGGCAAUCAUCUUCUUCAUUAUUUCUGUUGUUCUAGCAGUCUGUUAUAUCAAAAAGUACAAGAAAACCUUACCAUUUUUAAACAAGAAGCAGCAAAAAGAAACAGUUGUAACUACUGCUCUCAAAGAGACAAAAUCAAAUGACCAAACACCUGAGAAGGAAACACAGAAUAAUGGAAAUAAGGUAGAAGAGUGUAAAACUAAGCCUGAGGCCACAGUAAAAUGUCUAGAAGCAGAAGUUUAAAGGAAAGAAUGUACAGUUCUUGAUGGAAGUAUAAAAUAAAGCACACAGAACUUAGCAGUGCUUUUAAACAUAAGUGACUGUAAAUACUCAUAUUUUCUCUAUCUUUAACAUAUGAAACCUUGGUUUUUUAAUGAUUUCAUCUUUGGCAACAAAUAUUCUUGCAGAAGAACAUGGUAUCCUAUUUACUUGAAAUAAAUUCUACAAAUCCAUAUUACAGCUUAUUUUUCAUCUUUAAUAAAGAAGCAAUUAGGAAUAUGCUAUUAACAACAUGCACUACAUUAACUAUGUGCAUGGAAUUUAGAUCAAUAUAUAACAAAAAGUUUUUUAUAUCUGGCUGGAGGAUGUCUGCUAGCCUUAUACCUAAAAUUAAAACUGGCACUGUAGUUCUUCCGCAUGUAGAUUAGCUUAUUUCCAUUCAGUAGCUGCAUGCUGCUUUAAAAAAUGUCUGUUUACAAACAGAAGAAACAGUUCUGUUUACAAGGGAGUAAAAAGUCAAAGGAUUAACCCACUGUCAUUCAAAUGCCCAAAGAAGGGUACAAAGAUGCUGAUGUGUGUGUAUAUACACAGCAAUGAAUAACUUACUUAGAUACCUUUGUUGUAUCAUAAUUUACUGCUUUAUUUAUUGAAACCAUUAUCAUUCUUCCACAUGAGAUAUUUGACGGAGGGAGACAAAAAAAUCCUUGAACAAGACUUAUACUGGAGAUUUUUUCAGUGUAUUUAAGUGUGGCUUUCAUAAUAAACGUCUCAGGUGAUAUGGGAUGUCUACAGUACUCCCUAAAAAAUAAACUAUGGUGGAUAUGUUUGU